UCGUACACCCUUGUACCCUCUCGUACCCUCUCGUACCCUCUUGUACCCUCUUGUACCCACCGGUUUGAGCAGCACAGGGCGCGGGAGGUGGUGGCGUACAGGCAGCACCUGGAUGAGCAGCAGCGUCUGGGGGAGGAGCAAAAGACCAUCGCAGCCAAUCAGGAGGCUCACCUACAGCAGUACCGCCUCCAGAGGGCGGAGCUAGCACACCUGAGCUGGAGGCAGCGGAAGAGCGCCCUCUAUCAGAAAAACAAGGAAGCGUUUGCCUCCCGACCACGAGAACGAGACACGGAUCAAAGCACGCCACGUCUCGGAGUCGUCGUCAAAGGAGACGUGGACGGCUCAGUGGAGACCCUCCUGAACGUCCUGGACUCGUACGACGCUCAACAUCAGUGUGAACUCAACCUCAUCCACUUUGGAACCGGAGACAUCUCAGAGACCGACGUCAGCCUGGCACACACCUUCUCAGGUUCUGUUUACGGCUUUAACGUGUCUGUGGCGCGCUCGGUGCAGCAGGUGGCGCUGCAGAAGGGCGUGCCUCUCAGACUGCACUCUGUCAUCUACAAACUCAUCGAAGAACUGAAGCAGGAACUGAGCCAAAAACUGCCCCCAGAGACUCUCCAGACAGUCCUAGGAGAGGCCAGUGUUCUCGCGGUUUUUGAGGUCUCUGUGGGGAAAAGGAAAGUCCCUGUGGCCGGUUGUAGAGUCCAGAGAGGAGUCCUGGACAAACGACACCACUUCAGAGUCCUGAGGGGGGCACUAGUCCUGUGGGAGGGGUCCCUAUCUGCUCUGAAGCACCAUAAGGACGAUGUGUCUUCGGUGAAGUCGGGGAUGGACUGUGGACUGUCUGCUGACGGAGAUGUGGAUUUUAAGCCCGGAGACAUGGUCCAGUGCUAUGAGGAAGUCCAGAGUCCACAGACCUGCUCCUGGAACCCGCCGGGAUUCUAACCCACUGCACUGAACUGGGACUAAACCAGAACCUCUUGUAGUUCUUGUGGAUUCAGUUGGUUCCGGUGAAGUGUUUUGCUCAAGGACACAGUGGCAGAAUGGGCCACCAUAAAAAACGAGUGAGAUCUGGUCCUGAACAGGACAAAAACUUGAAAAAAUUUGAUCAAAAGUAGAUUAUAAUUAUACUGUAUGUUACUAAUUGGGGAUGCACCGAUCCAAUACUGGUAUCAGAUAUUGGCGCUGGUACUGAAUACGUUGGAUCAGAUAUCGGCUUCCACAUAUCGGUUCAGUCGAUAUCCUGUGGACACAUACAUGCAGAUGUAAGACUCUUUACUGGUCAUAGUUGUCCAGAAAGUCUCAUAAUGUUUGAACUUUAUUUACAUAAAGUUGUUCAGUUGUUACCUCAGAGAUAAAUAACAGAUCCAUCGAUACACACUAUAGUAUCGGAGUCAUCGUAUCGGAACCGUAUCGGGACAGAAAAAGCUGAAUCGGUGCAUCCGCAGUUCCUUGUAUUUAAUGUAGAAAUUAUUUUUAUUUAAUAAAGACACAAGUUUUUUUCAUCCGUAUGUCCGAACCAUUGAAAUAAGCUCUCACAGAUCUGACCUCUGACCUCUGACCUCUGACUGUGAGAUGAACCUGUAUUUGUCAAACAGACCCUGUGCUUUAGGUUUCAAAUGAAAUGAGACAGGGUUUAAAGCUGCACUAUGUGAUUUUUGUGAUGAAGCAUUAUAAGACCUACAUAAAGAGCCAUGGCAAAUGCAGCAGCCAUCUUGUGAGUGGAGCACCAGGCCAAUUUCCAGGUCAGAUCUGUGCAAAGGCAAGCCACACUCACAGAAAGAAUGCAUGUUUUUCAAAACAUUUCUUCCAAUCAAAUAAAUGAAAACGUGUAAUGC